ACGGGUGGGGUUUUUACUCAGUCCAAGUGUAGUUUAUGGCUCCCACACCCCACCCGUUGAUUGCUGGGUGGCUGGGUGGCUAGCUAGCUUGCUUGCACUCACUCUCUUUCUCUCUCUAUGUAUUCGUCUUGUUUUUCCCAUAAAACUCAGACUUCCGGAGGACUACUGGGAAAUCUGUCCAUUUUCCGACUAGGCAUCGCUUUCCUCUCUUUUUUUCUUUAUUUAAUUGCGGAACUAGUCGCCUACAAGAUGGUGCGGAGGGAGUGCAUCGAGCCUAACAUUGCUGGGGGAUUUGUAUGAGUGGGAGCGAGAGUGUGUCACAGAGUGGCCUUAUACAGAGAGACUGAGAGGAGCUGAGCUGAGUUGCGAGGUGUUUUUGUUCUCGGAUCUGGAGCAAUUUCUGGGUCUAGCACUUGGGUUUUUGGUCUGAGUGAGGAAUUUCUUAUCUUCUUGUGUGCUUCAAUUUUGUUAUUUGGUGCGUUCAUUUGAGCUGCCUGAGUUCUUAGGUCUGAGAGGGAUUCUGUUUUUUUGGGUUGUCAGUGAGCGUGGUGUUGAACAUUUUGUUGGUUCAGUGGCUCGUUCUAUUUUUUCGGUGAGGUCAAACAAGAUCGACCUUUCGGGAGUUUCCCAUAGCUUGUCUGAUUUUAUGGUGUCGAGGAGAUCCCGGUGCUAUAAAUUGUGUACACACGGUCGGAACGUUCUCUUGAGAGCCCGAAAUCCUGAUUGAAUAUACACAUUUCACCAGUGGGCCCCUGUGUCCCUCAGGCGCUGUUCUACAAGAGCCAACCGUUGGUUAUCGUUGAGCUGCAAGUCAAUUGGAUCUCAUUGGAAAACAAGCAAUCCCUUAUGAAUAGUGGAGACAACUAAAUCACUCAUCAUAGCUCGACACCUAGAUGGUGACCCAGGAGAAAGUUUUCAAUGAGAGGCUUAACUGCAUCUAAUAAUUUUUUUUAUAUGGACCGGUACAUCCUGAGUCCAGUAACAGAGGAGAUCAAAAUCAAAUUCUCUAUGAUUUGUCGUUCUCAGUCGAGGCACCGUGGGCAAUGCCAAAUACUGUGCAUGUGCGCAUAGCUGUGCACUCACGCGCCGAGGAUUAGUGUACGUUAGUUUGCUUCCUCUGGGAUUAGUGAGCUCAUACUGGUCUGCAGUCGACACAGAUAAUCAAUCAUGGGAGCUAUGGCCCGGUGUCAGGAAAGUUCUGUUCAAGUGCAUUCGGAGGGAUGGUUCCAGGAGCAUAUGAAAGGACCGAUUUCCAAAGACGCUGUGGAUGGGUCAAUUCUGCCGAUCGUCCUAACAACCACGAUUUCGGAGGGCAUGGUUGAGAAGAUGCAACCUUCUGGCAUGGAGGAGGCGCUGCCCAUCCACGUUAUAUCAGACAUCAUCAACAAGGUUAAGGAUGCACGGGACCUUGCGAAUUGCAUGGCAACUAGCAAGACCAUGAACGAAGCAGUGCAGCAAGUCCGGUGCCUCAACCUUGUGUGCCGCAAACGGUACUAUGACCUUGCUCGGGAACGCUUUCCUGUUAGACCUCCAUGCUCAUACUCAGACUCCGACGAGGAAGACGACGAGAUAGAUUCCGAUUCUGAGGAAAGUGAGGAGGAAGAAGACGAAGACGAUUGCUGUGAGAUUUCAAGGUCUCAAGCGAAGUCCAGCGCUAAGUUUCAGGAUGGUUGCUGUGGAAAGUCGGCUUCGUUCUCGAAUUCAACCUCCCCCCAACGUCCCGUCCAUGUUCCAUUCAAAAAUGCUUGCCUGAACAUGCUGCAGCGCCUGGACAGUGUACAGCAGCUUCGGAUCGAAGUCGACCAGGAAAUGCAAGCCAAUCAGCUUCUCAAGGAGGAGCUUCACAUGGUGGACUUUUGGUUGAGCGAGCCCAUGUUUGUGAGCAAGUGGGUGUCCUUAUGCAGCCACUCGCUUCAGCAUUUGACGCUCAUUGAUUACGGCCAGCAGGCGAUCAUGCGCCAGUCUCCCAUCGUUAAAAUUCUCUCCGAGAAGUGCAAGAACUUGCAGUCCCUGGAGCUACGCAACAUGUUCCUCGACACAGAAGAUCUCCAGCAGAUGUCCAAUAUGAAGAGUCUCACCCUCCGGUGCAUUAAAAUGACCGAGAGGUCUCUCACCGACAUUAACGCAUGCAUGCCCGCACUCGUAACCCUAGCCCUCGUGAGCGUCUUCGGCGUGCAAGAAGCCCGCCUAACAUCCGAAAACCUCGAGGUCCUGUGCCUCGGCCUCUCCACGAGCGCCAAGAUCGUCGAUCUCGAUCUCCCCAAGGUGAAAAAACUCCAGCUCAAAAUGACAUGCCCGGAUUCCCUCCGCGUGAAAGCUCCCAGUCUCGCCUACGUCGCCGUCUGCAUGGAGAACCGUGAACGGUCUCUGGUAGAGUUCGACGACAUUACCCAGCUCAAGGAGCUUCUUUUCGGUGCCAGCCACUUCCGAACUCUCUCCAGCCUGAUGAGAACCAACCCUUUCCUGGAGAAAAUAUUCCUGGACGUGCCGUGCAUGUCGCUAGGGGAGGACGGGAAGUGGGAGGGCAUCAUCCCGCAAGUACCUCUCGCCGUCCCGGACAUCGAAUCCCUCAAGGAAUCGUGCCCACUUCUCCACACUCUCAGCGUGGGUCCAGGACUCUGGCACUCCAUGGAGAAAUCCUUCGCCGCGGAUCAGAAUCUCGCAACCUUCCUCAGAUGGCCGGCACUAACGCACCUCAUUGUGCACAUGGUUGUGCUCAGCGCACACGCUUGCACCUCCCUCCUGCGCUGGCUCCUCUUCGCCGUCCCGUCCCUAAAGGAUCUGGAGAUUUACGUGCACUUAGACAGUCCCGUGAAGCUGGAUCAGGUGUGGUCUGUGUGCCAGGAGCACGCGGCGCACACCAACUUGAAGGGGGGGACGUGGAGGAGGAGCUUGAAUUUUGCGUGCUUUAGCUUCUGAUCACGGCAGGGAUUUUGGUUUCGCAGGAACUGGGUUUUGUAUUCUAGUUAGCUCCCCGACUCUUGUAUCAUUGUAAUUUUUGUGACAAGCAUCUAGAGGAUAACCUUAUUUUUCUGUUUUAUUUUGUUGUUAUUUUGGCUCUUGUUUUGUUGUUUUCAUGGUGGCCCUCUUUGUUGAUGGUUCGUUGUAGAUAGAUAGGUAGAUAGAUAGAUAGCAAGAUUAGCUUGCAGGCAUAUGUGUGAGAGGAUUGCUGCUGCUGCUGCUUUGCACACAACUACAAAUGACGUUGCAUUUAACUGCAAUACCCAUGAAUAUGUGUAUAUAUAUAUAUAUAUAUAGAUGUGUGUUUGUCUGUAAAAAGAAAGGAUAUCAAAUACCCCAUUCUAAGUUAUUCCUUGGUUAAGAGACAAGACUCCAAAAGAGUUACAUGUUUACAAGAGUUGGGGUGCAGAGCUUUAUUCUCAGUUUCUUUGAGUGUAGUUUGAAGUAAUGUCUCAUUGUAAAAUACAUAUUAUAUAUAUACUAGUAAUAAUUUAGUACCA